UUCCGAAUCCCUCCCCAUCUCGACUCUCUCAGCACCGGCUCAGCGGUCUGCUCUCGGCACGACGUCCGCCACCAGCCAGAAUCAGCAGAGCGAAGCAUUCUGUGAAGCCCUCCCACGAACUUGUAUCUGCGCCUCCACCCGAAUUGAUUAUAGUUAGCCACUCAUAUCCAACAUCACAGUCUGAAUUCGUCGCCUUUCGCUUGCACCCUCGGCCAUGUCUGCAGAAGAUAGAUCGCUGAUUUCACUCAACCCUGACAAGGAACUGGAGUUCCAUGGUCCGUUCACUCAGCUUUCGCGCCAGACGCUGAUUGUCACGAAUGAAGCGUCGGACUCUCCAAUCGCCUUCAAGGUCAAAACGACGGCCCCGAAAAAAUACUGCGUGCGCCCCAACUCGGGCCGCAUCGAGCCGCGCGGAUCGAUGGAGAUCCAGAUUUUGCUGCAAGCUGCACUCUCGGAUCCCUCGCUCGAGCUCAAGUCCAAAGACAAAUUCCUCGUCCAAGCAAUCCGCAUCCCGCCCGAUGUCAUGGUCCUCGACAACGAGCUAGCUGGCGUGCGUCUGGCGGAGCUGUGGACGCGGAACGACAUUAUCAAGAAGAGCAACCCCGAGCAGCUGCAGAACGACUUUACCGAGAAGAAGAUCAAGUGCACCAUUGUCGUGGACUCUGCCUCUGCUGCUGGACGCAUCCGAACCUCCCUGCCUCCUUCGCAGUCACAGGCCGCUGAUGCGUCCUUCUCAUCGAGAGCGUCGGUAGGUUCCCUGCAGCAGCCCACGGAUAGCCCCGCCAACCGCACCAGCACCAUCUACUACAACACCCGCAACUCGACCGCCUCGAUUCCCCCCGUGCCCGAUCUCGGCCUCCGCAGUCAGCCAUCGAGAGACUCGAUCAUGAGCAACAAGACCGGGCCGACGUAUCUCGAUACCCGAGAGCAAGAGCUGAAGGAUGCGUACGACACCAUCAAGCAGCUCCGGGCAGCCUGCGACACCUACAAGAGCGAAAUCGAGAGACGGGAUCAUUUGCGACAGCGGAAAGCUGUAGACGAUUCAAGGAUCGCCGGUAGCGGCCAUGGCCAACUGGCAAUGGCACAGAAGCCGCAGGAUGCGUUUGUGUUUUCCGCCCAAACUGUGGCGCUGGUGGCCUUGAUUUCGUUCCUUUUGGGAUGGUUCUUUUUCUGAACGCAGCGUGCCAUAGCGGCGUGCUGUCCAGCAUUCAUUAUGCGAGCCAGCAAGCCUUACUGCGAAUCGAGAGCUGCGUGCAGCAUCCUGCACUGGUGUCGAUCCACCUGCUGCUCCACAGCGUAUAUCGUCGACGACAAUUGCGGCCUCCGUGACCCCUCUUGGCUACUUGUGCGGCGCAAGGGCAUAUCGAGCGCCGAGGGCCUUGCGGAUCGGCUGCAGCUCGAGCCCUGCAUGCUUCUCCAUCAUUUCAUUGCAACUUCAAUGCUAUAGAUAUGUUCCUAUUCUCUUCUUUCUCGCGAAUCCCAUCCAGACUGUUUGCCAUGCAAUCAUGCUUUUUUUCUUUCUACUGCCUAUGUAUUUUGCUUGACCUGACUGUGCCUCCAUCUUUGCCGUCAUUUGCUAUUGCUCAAUUGAUGCACUGCACCUGUGUCAUUUGUAACAAAAGCGCUUGCAAACGAGCCUGACUAGGC